AUGUCGCAAUUUACAGAAUUUUAUAGUAAAGUGUGUGUAGCUAGAACCGUAAAAUUUGUCACCAACGAAGCAAGUAAAGAAGAAAUUAGCUUGUCAGAGAGUGACAUAUUUUCUCGUAACUUAGCAACGAUGAUAGCAAGAGACAGUGAAGUGGUAGCGGUUAACUUGAAAAUUUUACCCAGCAAGUGUAGAAUUUACAUUUCAAAGAACGGUAGAUGGCUUGAUAGAGAUGUUAAAUAUAUCGACGAAAUUAAAGGACUCAUGAAAAAUUUAUCUAAAAAUGCUCCCAUGACAUUCGAACAAGCAACUAAAAGAAAGGAUGUGUCUGCUUUAUUUUUUAAUGUAUUGGAGUACUGUUCUGUUAAGUUUGGACGUAGAUUGGACAAACUUAAAAGGGAUAUAAAGGAUAAUAAAGACGAACCACAUAUUAAAUCUUUCUUAGAUUUCCUAGAAUCUUCUAGGAUUAACGUUGAUAAUCUAGAUGAGACUGACGAAGUUACCAUGGCUUGUUGCGAGUAUUAUAAAGACAAUAAAAACAACAAAAAUUAUCCGCAAAGAUUCCUAGGACAAAUCAAAAAAACUUGCGUUUAUUGGAUCCUAUUCCUGCCAAUCAAACCAUAUUCUCCAUGGACUGAUAUUAUCAAAGAGUUUAUUCCUGCUCAAAAGAGUUUCGAAGAUUUCAAGAAAAAUUGUUUAAAAAAUAAAGAAACAAGGGAGAGACUAAACGAGAUAUAUGGUGGCACAGUUAGUCAAUUGGAUCGAUAUAAAAUUACCGUUUCUGGGGGACAUAAAAAGUUGUAUCACAAAUGGAAACUUCCAGAUGCUUACAGUAGUGAAUUCGUGGAAAAUGUUCUCUAUGACCUUGAUCAGAUCAUAGAGAGCGGAAUAGAUCAAAUAAUUGCUAAAUCCGAUAGUGAUGGAGGUAGUGUUGAUUCUGAUAAUCCAAAACGAAAUUAUGUUUUUAUGAAGGAGGCGAUUAGAGUUGCAAGACCGGUUAAGGUUAAUCCAAUCUAUGAUUCAGAUAUUCAGUAA